AUGGCUUCCUAUGAACAAAAGCUAGCCCUUGCCAAACAGGGUGUAAUUGCAGGAGCUAAAGCAGCAGUGCUUGCCACAAUUGCCACAGCCAUCCCAACUUUGGCAAGUGUGAAGAUGGUGCCAUGGGCAAGAGCCCACCUGAACCCCACCGCACAGGCUCUCAUAAUCUCCACUGCGGCUGGGAUGGCUUAUUUCGUAGUGGCUGACAAGACCGUGCUUGCAACUGCACGCAGGAACUCCUUCAAUGGCGCCGACAAAAGUUACUAA